AUGGCGRCGCUGGCUCAGAGCGUCCUGGUGACGGGCUCCAGCCGCGGCCUCGGGCUGGAGCUGGUGAGGCAGCUCGCCGCUGGCCCCCGGCCGCCCCGGCACGUCUUCGCCACCUGCCGCCAACCCUACGGAGCGAGUGGGAAGGCCCUGAGAGAACUGGCUGCCCAGCACCCCAGCAUCAAACUGGUCCAGCUAGACACAGUGAGCCUGGCCAGCGUGCGGGCAGCGGUGCGGGCGGUGACGGCCCACCUGGAGGGCCAGGGCCUCAACGUGCUCAUCAACAACGCGGGCACCUGCUCGCGUGCCGCGCUGCGCGCCGCCAGCUCGCGCGAGAUGCUCGCUGCCUUCGCCACCAACGUCRUCGGGCCCCUCCAGGUCACCAAGGAAUUCCUGCCCCUCUUGGAGAAGGCAGCAAAGGGCCCGGCCAAGGAGGGCCUGAGCUGCAGCAGGGCGGCCAUCAUCAACGUGUCCACCAAAGUGAGCUCCAUCGGGCUGUGCCUCGGCGUGCGCGAGGCCCCCAUGUACCCGUACCGCGCCAGCAAGGCYGCCCAGAACAUGGUGACAAGGUGCRUGGCUGCGGAGCUCCAAGGCAAGGGCAUCCUGUGCACGGCCAUCCAUCCUGGCUGGGUGAAGACUGACAUGGGCACAGACAAGGCCCCUCUGACGGUGGAGUGCAGCGUGCGGGGCAUCCUAGCCGUGCUGGGCAGCCUCUCACAGGACACCACCGGAGCCUUCCUYGACUGGGAAGGGAACAGCGUGCCCUGGUGA